AACCACAGGUCUCUGACAAAGGGAACUGGUGUAUAAAAGGGUCAACUCAACCCGCCUAAAGACAACAGGUUCAGUCAGCUGCAAGCAUGAUGCUGCACGCUCUGCACAGAAUUCUGCUUCUUCAUCUUCUGACAACUCCUGGUCUACCCGCAUUUGGUAGUGAAAUCAUAAAGGGUGAAAAGGUCCCGGUGAACCAAAUGCUGUAUAUGGCCUCAGUGCAGAAUGACAAACACGAUCAUUUCUGUGGAGGAUUCCUCAUCAAUGAAGACUUUGUGGUCACUGCUGCACAUUGUGAUGAUGACAAUCCUACAAAUGUUGUUCUUGGUACCCACGAUCUCAAAAAGAUUGAUGAAACAAUGAGAUACAAUGUAAAGAGAUACAAGCAUCCAUGUUAUGAGGAAGUUAGUAAGGGGUCGGACAUCAUGCUGCUCAAACUGUCCAGGAAAGCUCAACUGAACAGAAGAUUGCAACCGAUUUCAAUUCCAAAUUCUGAGAUUGAGAUAAAAAAUAACCAAACGUGCACUGUAGCUGGAUGGGGCAAAACAAGAGGUGGUGAAACUGAUGUCCUGCACAUGGUGAAUGUGAACAUCCUUGACCGGGAUGUCUGUAAUAAACAAUGGAAUGAAAAACUUCCUGCAGGUGUUAUCUGUGCAGGUGGAUAUCAGACAGAAAAAGGAUUCUGUCAGGGUGAUUCUGGAGGCCCUCUGGUGUGCAACGGGAAGCCAGCUGCUGUUGUGUCUUUUAACUGGAACAACAACUGCAGAUACCCAAAUCUGCCCAAUGUGUACACAGAUCUAUCAAAAUACCGCCGCUGGAUCGAUGACACGAUGAAGCAUUGUUAUCAGGGACAAGUCAGUUCUCUUGCUGGCAUCAUGCAUGCUCUGCACAAACUUCUGCUUUUUCAGGUCCUAACAUCUCUCGGACAAAAUGCAGAUGGGAGUAAAAUCAUAGGAGGGGAAUUAGCCCCAGACAAUACGAUGAAGUAUAUGGUCUCCCUGCAAAAAAACGAGACCCAUGUAUGUGGAGGAUUCCUGGUCAGCGACAUCUUUGUGGUCACUGCUGCACACUGUGGCGCCAAUGAACCUGACAGGGUCGUUUUCGGCACCCACAAUCUCCGCAGCGUUGGUGAUGAAAAUGUUAGAACCAUUGUCGGGAGAUACAAACACGAAUCUUAUAACCAAAUAGGCAACGGUCAUGACAUCCUGAUCCUCAAACUGUCUAGCAAAGUUGCCGUGAACACAGGAGCAAGUAUCGUUUCCCUUCCUACUUCUAAUACGUACAUUGAAGACAACAAAACGUGCCAGGUAGCUGGAUGGGGUUUCACAGUGACUGGUGGUAAUACUGUUGAUAGGCUAAGGGUGGUGGAUGUGUCUGUCAUAAACCGGAACAAAUGCUCUAAGUUAUGGGACGGUCUACCUGAAAAUGUCAUCUGUGCCGGCGGCUUCAGGAGCACCAAAGGCUUCUGUCAGGGUGAUUCUGGUGGUCCUCUGGUGUGCAGCGGGACAGCUGUCGGUAUUGUGUCUUUCAACAAACACAGAAACUGUACCUACCCAGCCGAUGUACCCAACGUCUACACAGACAUCUCAAAAUACAUCGACUGGAUCAACGGAAUUAUCAAUAGAGAAGAUGUUUAAAUGUAACAUUCUUUAAUAAAGCUUUGCUUCAGCACACUUUAAAUGCAUUUAGGAGGGGAGGUUGUGUCUCAGUUGCUCUGUCAGUGUUCGCUCUUUAAUGGAAAAGCAAAAUAAAGCAAAUCUCUCAAA